AUGGGUGCUUGCAGUGGACCAAAUGGCAAAUUGAUCGUCACGGACAUGGACCGGAUCGAGGUGUCAAACCUCAGCCGCCAAUUCUUGUUCCGGCAGCCAGACGUGGGGAAUCCCAAGAGCACUUCAGCUGCCCGUGUGGUGAAAGGCUGGAAUCCAGAUUUGAAGAUUGAGGCUUUGGAGAAGGGCGUGGGCGUUACCUCCGAGGAUUUCUUUGACGACGAGUUCUGGAAUAGCCUGGACCUUUGCUGGAAUGCUCUGGACAAUGUGAUUGCACGCAGGUACACAGACAAGUGCUGCCUUUGGUAUGGCUUGCCGCUCCUCGAGUCGGGGACUCUAGGUACAAAGUGCAACAGUGAUGUUUUUCUGCCUCACCUGACCAAGAGCUACAAUGAUGGAAUUGAGACGGACACCAAUGAGGCGCAGAUUGCCAUGUGCACAUUGAGAAGCUUUCCCUUCUUGCCACUGCAUUGCAUUGAAUUUGCCAAACAGGCGUAUUUCUCUGAUUAUAUGGAAUUCGCUCCGCAGCAGUAUGAGUCUUUCCGCAAGGACAGCGUUUCUGUAGCUUGA